AUGGAAAAAUCUCAAUUAAAUAUAACACCACCAGUAUCAGCUGGUAAACCUGUCUUCUCUGUUGUUAUCAAAGAUGAAAAAACUUUAUUUACUUAUUCAUUUAAUCGAAAAUUAUGUAUUUGUGAUCUUUCAUCAUCAAUAUUAAUAAAGUCUCUUGUGUCAAUUCCAGGUUCUGUUAAUGCGAUUCAAGCAUGUCCUCUUCAAACAAGUUGUAUUGCAUUAGCUGUUGAUACAGGAAAUAUUGGCAUAUUAGAUUUAUCUUCUUAUGGUUCACCUUCUCUUUCUUUCCUUUGGCAAUCAAUUCCAGCUGAUGUUUGUCGUUUAGCUUGGCAUCCCAUUCGUGAAGGUCGUAUUGCUUAUUCUACUCGUUUGGGUCAUAUAGCACUUUAUGAUACACUUACGGGACGUUCACGUGUUGUUUAUGAUUGGAGAUAUACUCAACCAGGAUCACCAACGGCUCUAUUUUGGGGUCCUUUAAUACCUAGUUUUACUGAAGAUGAAACAUUAGCAAUUCUUUAUUCGAUUGGAGAUGGGAAAUUUCAUCGAUGGGAUAGUCCAGAUAAGGGUUGCUUACCAACUGAUCUUACAUCACUAGUGAAUGAAGUAAGAAUUAGUAAAAAAAAAAAA